AUGUCAUUAAUUCCCGUGGUUCUGCCUCAAUCCUCUCUUGGUUUAAUUCCUUCACCAGAUAUACCCGGUAUUCCAAAAGAAGGAAACGAUUAUUCAAAGUUAUUAGCUUAUUCUUUAUAUUUCUAUGAAGCUCAAAGAAGUGGAGUUUUGCCUAAAAAUAACCGUGUAUCAUGGAGACAUAAUUCUGCUCUCGAUGAUGGGAAGGAUAAAGGAUAUCAACUUUCAAACCAAACCGGUUAUCUUCGUGAAAUGAUCAAAUGGGGAACCGAUUGGUUGAUUGCUGCGCAUCCUAAACCUGACCAGCUCUUCACCCAAGUUGGUACAUUGACAUUCGACACUUAUGAGAUUAAUUCAACAGCACAUGGUACAGAUAUCGCGGCAGAAGUGGCUGCUGCUUUUGCAUCUUCAGCAAUUCUAUUUCGAGAUUAUUUUAAUGACACUUAUAUUCCUAGAAACGAAAACGGAUAUCGUACCUCAUUAUAUUAUGACAAAUUAGUUUAUGGCGCUAUUUGGUUGUAUCGUGUUACUAAACAACCUCAAUACUUAAAUAAAGCGAUUACUUAUUACAAUCAAUUUCAAUUAAAUAAUUCUACAAGAAUGAUGUCAUGGGAUGAUCAAUCAGCUGCAUGUAACAUUUUACUUACACAAAUAUUAUAUAAUGAAUCAAACGCAAAUCUCUCCUAUUGGAGAAAUGAAACUGAACGUUAUUUGGACGGAAUAAUUACGACUACAAAUGCCUGUAAUUUAACAAAAAGUGGACUUUUAUGGUGUGCUGCAGAUAGUAAAGCGGCAUCAAUACCUAUAUCUCUUAAUGGAGCUUUUGGAUUAUUUAUGUAUUCUUCUUACGCAUCUACAGAAGAAAAAUCUGAGACUUAUAGACAUUUUGCUUCUUUACAACUUGAUUAUUUAUUUGGUGCUAAUCCUAUGAAAAUGUUUUAUGUUGUGGCUGUUCAUCCAAAUUCUCCUAAAAAUCCUCAUCAUGCUGGUGCAUCUGGAGGAAGAAAUGUUGAAAAUUUAACUGAUCCACCAGUAACGAUGUAUCCGUUAUAUGGUGCAGUUGUUGGUGGUCCAGGUAUGAAUGACUCAUAUUCUGACUCAAGAAGUGAUUUUAUUCAAUCUGAGGUUGCGCUUGAUUAUAAUUCAGCAUUUCAAGGAAUAAUGGCGUAUUACGUCAUGAACACGUAUACUCCACUAAAUCCGAAAGGACCAAUAAAUCCGAUUAAUCCGAUUCCAAAUCCUAUUUCAUCAAAAUCAAAUCAAUAUAAAAAUAUUAUGAUUAUAGGAAUUAGUUUUGAUAUUGAAGAAAAUGAUAAAAGUAUUAAAUCGGAAAAAUUAAUCGUUUCUGAAAAAAAUAAUCAAGAAAUUAGUAAUGAUCCAUUAGAAAUUCUUGAACCAGAAAUUUAUCUAAAUAAUAAAAAUGAAAAAUUAAUGGUUUCUACUAAAGUUGUAAAUAUUGAAGAUAAUAAAGAUGUGGAAUUAGUUGAUGAAAGUAAUAAAUUAGUGGAAAUUGAAAAUAAUCAAAACGUUGAAAACGGGAAAUUAACAAAUUCCGAAGAUAAACAAAACGUGGAAAAUAAUAAAUUAGAAAAUGUUAUUGAAGAUAAUAAAGACAUUCAAAGUAAUAAAUUAGUAAAUAUUGAAAAUAAUAAAGAUGUGGAAAGUAAUAAAUUAGAGGAUAUCGAAAAUAAUCACGAUGCGGAAAGUAAAAAAUUGGCAGGUCUUGAAAGUUUUGAGGACAUGAAAGAUAAGAAACUGGCGGAUAAUCAAAACGCGGAAAGUGAGAAAUUAGUAGAUUUUCAAAGCAAUAAAGAUGUAAAAAGCGAGAAAGUAGAGGACAUUGAAAAUAAUCAAUCCGUGGAAAGCAAGAAAUUUGUGAAUCUUGAAAAUAAUCAAAACGUGGAAAGUGAGAGAUUUAUAGAUCUUGAAAAUAAAGAUGUGGAAAGUGUGAAAUUAGAUCCUGAAAAUAAAUAA